CUUCUUUCGGUUUAACAGUUUCAUUCGCUUUUCGUUCACUGCUCUUGAACUUCAACAAACGCAUUGCCUUUGUUAACAUACCAUAGUUUUUGUAGUUCAUUUAAAAUUCAAGAACCCAUACCUAGUGCUUGUCUUAAACAUGUGGAAAUACUUGCCUUUUCGUUGUUGGGGACGAGUUACACAAACAAUACUAAUUGCUCCUUUGUUGUUUACUGUUUUGUACCAUUUCAAUCCUUUCAAGAUAAAUUUCGACGCCAGCAAGUGUUCAUUGAUCAUAGAAGAACUGCGAAAUCGGCAAGUGAAUCGUAGCACAAUGCUGAACGCGCAACCACAAACGCCCCAAAAUUACAACCUGAUGGAAGAAUUUUAUGGAUCACAAUGGACCAAGAUAGCAGGAGAACAACCUGAGUUACAACAAUGUACUAUUGAAUAUGCAAACGCACACAAAUUGCAGCAAGACCAUCCUUGCCUCAUUCGUCUCAUCCGGGAUCAUUAUUUACAUCCUCCAGCACCUAGAAGCCUCCCUUACCAUCUGGACUACCCUGAAAUACUUGACCCUUCUGACGGGCAAUCAAAAGGAAUUCUACGACUCCUGCGAAACCAGACAAAUGGUUUUUUUAUCGAAUGUGGUGGUUUUGAUGGAGAAUACCUUUCAAACACCCUCUACAUGGAGCGGAUACUUAACUGGACGGGCUUACUGGUUGAAGCUGAUAAAAAGGCUCUGCAUCGACUUUUAACCCGUAAUCGAAGAGCAUUUAUUGCACCUACUUGUCUCAGUACGAAACCAUAUCCAAUGCAAGUUCUCUACGAUGCAACCAAUGCGCUGUUGAGUUCCAUUAUCGACAACAAGAAGCAGACCAAAAACGAAAAAAAUAAUGUUAACCAAAAACCAUCCUACAAUGAAACAGACAACGUGUACAGCGUGCAAUGUUUUCCAUUGUAUUCUAUUUUGGUUGCAAUCGGCAAAACUGAAAUUGAUUAUUUCAGUUUAGACGUUGAAGGUUCCGAAUUUAAAAUUCUAAAGACAAUACCUUGGCACAAAGUUGAUAUUAAGACGUUGACUGUCGAAUGGGACCACACACCUGAAGGGGAAGCUGCCAUCAGUCGUCUCAUGAAGAACAACAAAUUUGUCAAGUUUGGUCAUAUUGAAAUGGCUUUUUCACGUGAAGUUGUUUAUGUUAAGGAUUUCCUGCAGAAUCUUCGACUAUAUGAAUAAUUAUUAAUGGUAUUCAUUACAGAACUGAUACCUUUUACGCAUUCAAUAAAAAUAUUUGUCUAAAUAGAAACUUCAUUCAACACCUUUGAGAGUUUGUAUUUCGUUUUAUGUUGAAUGAUCUCAGAAUCACACUUUAGAAAACUCUACGUUGAUAAACUUCUACUUAAACGGAAGAGAAAAACUUACCGUGA